AUGCACAUCACCACAUGGGAACCACUUCCUCCGUCGCCAGCCCCAACAGCCGAAUCCUUCGCAUACACCACGUCUACAAACCCUGAGGACGCCAGUGACUCACCUAUCUUUGACGCUAUAGAGUUACCACGUACGUCAAGUGACUUUGGUGAUGUUAAUGAUUUCAUCAAGGCCAUAGCAACGCCCGCCCCGACGACUUUCGCGAAGAUUGUGGCUCCAAGACUGGAAUCUGCUCAGCUCCACGAGAUGGAUGAUGAUGAGAGCUCCACGGAGAUAUUCGACGACCUCAGUGCCGGACUCAUCGUCAAUGGGACCAGAGUCGUCUCCAAGGACCAGUACUUGGGCCAUUUCGGCCUCUCGAAGCUACAUGCCAGGACCGUAGAAGGACAAAGUAUCCUUCAAAAAUUCUUGUGGCAUGAUCGAAACGGUGAUGGAUACUUGGAUGCGGACGAGAUGAUGGCGAGGUGCGAUGAGAAUGGUUGCGAGGAUUAG